UUCCUCCCUCCCAGCGCGCAUGUGUGUUUGUUGUACUAGUUGCUUGAUGCGUUCAUUGGUGCGUCCUUUAAACGUGUCACAACUUUUGAUGGAUUACCCCACUUUUGAGUACUCAGGUGCGGCUCACUCUUCUCAGUCCACUCACUUGUGCGCAUCUCUCCAAACUGCUCUCAAGCAUCUUCAACAGGGACAACAUGCUUUCAGAGUCACUCUCGUGGAUCUCCAUCUCCUCGACCAUGUGUGUGUCGUACCUGUAUGCUGAAAGGGCCCACGGCGGGCUCGCGUCCGCGGUGCUGUCCACGCUGGUGGUGCUGAGCGCGUUCACGGCGCAGGGAACGAGCGCGGCCGCCACGGCUGGAGCACCAACCCCCUGCCGGACGUGCGGUCUGCCGGCGAUGGAGAAGGGCUCGGAGGAACGGUACCUGGUCGAACUCGCCAAACAACAGAUUCUGAACAAGCUUCACCUGCGGGAGAGGCCAAACAUCACACAGACGGUGCCGCGGGCCGCGCUCAUGACGGCGCUCCGCAAGUUACACGCGGGCCGCCUCAGACGCGACGGGACUCUGGAACUGGACAACAACUUUCCGAACUCGCGCACUGGUAACCAGGCGUACGAGAUAGUCAGUUUCGCUGAUGUAGAUGAUGAAGUCUCUGGUGGAAUCGACACCAGUUUGUCAUUCCAGUUUCUGCAGGAGAAAGGUCACAGCCUGCAGGUCCUGCAGUCAUCUCUGUGGCUGUACGUGCGCUCCGCUGAUGCUUCUCCGCACUCUGACCAUGUGAAUGCUGAAAUCUACCUGUCGGGGACGGGCGACGUCAAUCGCACGCUGCUGCUCCAAAGGAGCGUGGAGAUAGCACGGGGCGGGUGGCAAACGUUCCCCGUCACCAGCACCCUGCAGGCAUUCCUGGACGGAGGCCAGCAGAGUCUCCGCUUGGAGGUGCUUUGUGAAGAAGGAGGACACAACCUGUGUAGCCACGGUGCCUCUAGUGACUCCUCUCACCAGCCAUUCCUGGUGGCACAAGUGCGGCUUCGAGACGACGCCUUCAAACAUGCCCUGAGUAAGCGCUCGCUGCGGUGCGGUGAUGACCCCAAAGUGUGCUGCAAGAAAGACUUCUAUAUCAAGUUCCGUGAUAUCCAGUGGCAGGACUGGAUAAUUGCACCUGAGGGCUACCACAUGAACUUCUGCAUGGGACAGUGUCAGGAGCAUCUCUCGGGGUCUCCGGGCAUCGCUUCGUCUUUCCAUGCCACCGUGUUCAGUCAGCUGAAGCCAAAUGGCAUUCACACAGCGGUGUCGUCAUGUUGCGUUCCCACCCAGAAACGGCCGCUCUCCAUGGUCUACUUCAACUCGCAGCAUACCAUCGUAAAGACCGACGUCCCAGACAUGAUCGUAGAGUCCUGCGGAUGCACGUAAACAACGACAAUUCAAUCGGACAUUAGAGAUAUGAGGAAGUAAAGACUAAAGAAUUGACUUACUGUGAAGAAUAACAUUUAUUGAAAACAUACUAUGGCCCCAAAAAAGUAUUUGGACACUUAAUUCACACUUGUCUCAAAGCAUGAUGACUUUUUAUCAACUGGUGUCUUGGUGCUUUUUUAGUCAAGUUCAGCAUAUUGCAAAGACAUUCAUACAUUUUUAAGUGUUCCUUAAGUUUCCAAAUACUUUUUGGGGGCAUUGCAUACACAAACUCACACACUUUCACAUGGCCUAAAACAGCAGUUAUUAAAUGCUCUAAGCUAACUUUAUCAGGAGUUUAUGUAAAAAAUAUUGUCUCAUCACAGCUUUCAAUCUAACCAGAUUCACCAGUAGAGCUUAUGUGUGUUAUAGGGGUUUUAUAGAUGGUAAAUCUUGAAAUACUCAGGGAAUUGAAAGCCACUGUAAAAGCCGUGCCGUGACACACUUAAUUUCUCCACUGUACUGAUUAGUUUGAUCUCUGCUGAGGCCACAGUUCUGAACUCAGAACAGUUACUCAACACCACAGGUAAACAUUUAGCUAUUGCCACAUGCAUCAGCGAAGGUCUCUGCAGAAUGUCGUAAGGGGACAGAAAUGAGAUGUGCAUGAUCACAUAUCUUAACAGAAAAUAAUAUUUCUCACAUAAUAGUUCUCAAAGCGUACUUGUGACUUUUGUUUACGCCAAGAAGCAGCAAAUGCAACAUGUGUGUGUAUUGGCUUCCUUUUCAAGCUGCUUAUUCAGUUCAAGCUGCAUACACUUAUUUUUCUUUGCAAUAGUAAAAAAAAAUGACAUGUUUAUAUAUAAUACAUAAUAAUGCAUUAAAAUAAAAGUUAUUUAUAUAACGCCUUACGAAAAGCAAAAGCAGUUAAAAACUCACAUUGUGCAUGUUUCAAACAUUUGCUUUGUUUCUCUACAGUCUACACAGUACAAUAUUUUGGUGUAGACUUUGUCUUUAUUUGUUUUGUCUUGUUGUAUUGUUUUGUUUGAAGCACUUCCGCUCCUAUAGAUGCAUGUUAGUGUAACGAAACACCGCAUCAAAUGGGUUUUGGGCUGAUAGCGUUUUAGUUUCUUUGUUUUGCCCGUUUACAGAUAUCUCCCUAAUUUAUGGAAUUUUUCACACUUUAUUGUCCAAAACUUCCUGUCAAUGUGAUCUGGAGCUGCACUUUAUCUGUGUUCUGCUGUACUGACACAAAAGAAUGAUACUGUAACUUAUGAUACAGUAUUAAAACUGUAACUCUUUGAAGGACUCUUAUAAUGAUUUUAUAAUAAAGGAUUAUUUUCUUAUAAGGGAUAGCUUGGGAAUCUGUACUGUACAUUGUAAUUUUGCUGAAUAUGUGUAUUUUUUUUAAAUAAACAUAAAAAUGUUACCCUCA